AUGGCUCCCAGUCAGACCCAAGCCCAGAAACAGCCAACUGCUGCCCAACUCGCUCAAAUUGAUGAUUUCUAUAUCCCAGCAGAUGAGGAGGAUUGGAAUGAUUUAGUUUCCCGCAAAACAGGUUUGAGAUGGAAAACAAUCCACACCAUCCCAGCUGACUGGGUUACGUCCGCCUCGGAGGCCACCGAGGCCCAAUAUGCGAUGAUCCGCUCGUACUCGCCCCCAAUGUCCCGUGCCACGUCUUUCAAGGAAAAAUCCCACCGAUUUGGGUUCACCAAUCAAGCCUUAGACGCAGCUGCAGACGUCCUCGCUGCCUCGGCGGAAUGGUCCCGAUACCUACGUCUUCUCGACACCCAGGAUUCAAUUGACGAUAUCUGGGAGACCAGCGAUAAAUGGCCAGGGUCUUUCUCCACCGUGAGAAGAUUACAGGAACAAACAAUGACGGUCUGCGGUGUUCGUGACGAUGAGCAAAUGGGCCAGCUCCCAGAUGCCGAGGAUGAAGCAACACCGAAUGCCGCUGCCAUCAUCCUUCUUCAAAAUAUCUCUCACUUAACCUACUCUAAGCUAGAGUGGAUCCUAAACCGUGUGCACUUUGUGAGUCAAUUCAACCAGGCCAAGGUCAACGCGUUUACGGAUGGUGCGUUACGGUCUAAGAGAACAAUGGAUAUCUUCGCCAUCGUAGAAGUAAAGAAGAGAGUCUUCUGGAUAAAAACCGAAACCAUCCUCAUGCAAGAGGCCUGUGAAGUCGCGGGGUGGUUGAUGAGCUGCCAUGGGCAGAUGGCCCACUUCAACGGGCACUUCCUAUUGAUUUCACAAGACCGGCAUGAGCUCUUCAUCACCUUUGUGCCCUUCGAGGAGUAG